UAAAUAAAAGAAAUAAAUAAAAAAAUAAUGGUAAAUUUUGUUAUUAUUUACCAUAAAAUACAGUGACGUGAAAAUAUUUGGUAAAACUGACAAAAAGAGAAAGAGAGAAAAAAAGAAAGAAGAAAAAAAAAUUGGCAACAGUGACGGGUGGAAUUGUUUCCUCGGAUGAAGUUUGUGUUGAAUUUAGAUUGUUUCACUGAUCCACGUGGACAGUUCGAGUCGCAACCAUGGCCUGCAUCAAGGCUCCAAGAUCAAUCAGAGGCUCUUGCGAUGAUAUGAAGACAGAUUCGACUCGUAAUAUUAUUCAGAUCUACACCGAUUGGGCGAAUCAUUAUCUGGAACGAGGCGGUUGCAAGAGGCGAGUUACAGACCUCCAGGCUGAUCUCUGCGACGGAGUUCUUCUUGCCGACCUUAUCGAGGCCGUCACAAAUCAAAAAGUGAUCGACGUCAAUCGAAAGCCAAAGAGUGCCCAGCAAAUGGUUGAAAACGUGAGUCUAUGCGUGGGUGCCCUGCGGGCACUUGGUGCAGAUGUUGGGGCUGUGAAUCCCGGCGAAUUAACAGCAGGAUCAACCCUUCGACCCGUCCUCGCCCUUCUCUUUGCCCUCUCGAGGCACAAGCAGAGAGCAAAACAGCUUCAGGAUAUGCCUCGACUACCGUCACCCUAUAACAAGCAGGCGACAGUCGUUGCUGCGGGAAGUACUCCGGGUGGUACGAGUAUCCCCCUACCUGCAACUGUCGCGGCGACAAGAAGAUGCCCUCCGGACAAAGUCAGGCCAGCACCAUCCCCUGGCCAUCAAACGCAGCUGGGAGGCUUGAAGCACGGAAACGGGGGUAUUGGCAGUGCGAGCAGUUCGAGAAGUACAAGUCCAAGUCAACAGCAACCACCACAAAGCGUACUUUCCUUUAUUCCACAGCCAAGAAGUCAAAACUCAACCAACAGACAACCAGCAGCCACUACCCCGAGCCCUCGGACAUCGACAGUGGGCCGUCCAAUUGGCUUACGAGCCCCGCAGCAAUCGCCUUACGCAACGCCAACACCUCCAGUUCAACAGAACAAAAAUUCAGUUCUCGAUAAAUUCAAACUCUUCAACAACAAGGACAAAAAUCAAGAUCGCUCGAAACAAACGUCCUCAGGCGUCUCGAAACGAACCUCCAGCUCCUCAGGCUUCUCAUCGGCACGUUCGGAGCACUCGGACAGCUCAACGUCACUCUGCGAUCAAACUAAAGCACAAUUAGAAGCGCCAAAAUCAAAAAAUCUCAAAUCAAAACUCCAGGCAAAACCCUCGAAGCAAGUGAGUCCAAAAUCGGCUCGCAAGGAACAAGCCAAGGCCCAGACGAAAAUCGGCCGAACGAAAGCCUCCGAAAAACUCCUCUACAAUCCCCCCAUCGAGGAUGUCAAGACGAACAGCAAAAUUGCCAAUAUCGGCGCCAAACUCAGUGGCGAGAAACGUGUCUCUAUCGAUCUUCUAAAGCAACCUUCGUCACUCACCCAAAAAGCAUCCCUCCCACCACCAAAGCAAAUACCUCAGGAAACAAAGUGCCAACCAGCCGCUAAAAUCGAACCAAAAUCCAUUCAAAAACCGAAAAUGGAAUUCCCCGCCAAAAUGCAUCUCAAAUCACCAAUUAACGGUUUAAACAAGGACAUUAUCAUGCAAAAGGAUCUCGUCACAAAUUCAGAUGCUAUCAAAGACGAACGCGAAUUGAAAGAGAAGGCGAUGAAUCAGACAAAUCAGAGUUUAUCCGCGGAGAAAGAGAUGACAAAAGACAAACCAAUUUCAAACCAAACUAACGAUCUGAUAAUAGAGAAGAAUGAAUUGAAAUCAACAAUGGAAAAUAAAAGUAAUUCCGAAUACAAAGCAAUCAAUCCAGACGAGAUGCCUGUUCAAAUUCAAAUUCCCAAUAGUCCAUUGAAUAAACACGUUCUAAACAGCCCUCCACCUUCUACUCAUCCUUCGAGUACGAAUUUAGCGCCGGGAAUUAGUCCAGGCUCGAGCAUACCAAAACCCACGGCACUAGUGAAAGGAACCUCGAAACCGCCGAAGGAGAAUAAUGUGCCGAACAUUCCAACGCCGACAAAACACAAAAGCGAUACGCUACACCGGAAACUCGAUCCAAAUACGGUAGCAAUGGUCUCGCCAAUGCCCAGCAUCUCUGAUCUUAUGUCGGAAAGUUCGCACAGCAAUUCCAAUAGUACUGGGCAAAGUAAUUCGAGUGAUGGGAGCGUUAUUUACAGACCUAGCAGCGAGAGUGGAAGUGAAAUUAAAACCAUUCCGAAUAGAAAGAUUGAGACGACCUUUGAGCAAAUGGAGAAGGUAUUAUCAGAGAGUUCGACCUGCGGCGGUACGAUCGCAGACGACGAGGCGGAGAUGACCGUGAAACCAAUGCAACCUCUUCUGCGAGGCUACACGCCGGGUACCCGAGGUCUCCAGACCCUGCCAAGCAGAGCAACAACUCGACAAUAUACAAUUCUCCACUCGACGUCCCAUCAUCACGUUGGACACGACUACGCGGACAUUGACAUCGCCUCAGGUUACCUAAGCGACGGGGAAGUUCUUCGCGGUGGAAUGAACGUUACCAACAGGACACUCUCCGAUCUUUGCGAUGGCUACAUGUCCGAGAGCGGCGCCUCUCUUUAUGCCCGUCGGAUAAAUCCAUCCUAUGGACACGAUCACGAGAGAUUCGUGAGUGGCUCAAGGCGAGAAUUGACAGGUGUGAAGGAAAUUGUUACCUCGAGGAGAGUUCAAAAGAGGCCAACUGCGGGAAUUAGAUCUGAUGAAGGAUCUGGACAUCAGAGUGGUUUGCUAGGAGGUUGCAGUGGAGGAAGUGACGCCCUGGCGGAACUCACUAUCGAGGACCUGGCCUCUAUUCCAGCCAGCAAUCAUACCAGCGCUAAUCACACUGGACACUCCUCUCACCACAAGAGGGUGCCAGGAGGUGGUAGCGUGGUCGUGGGGGGUGGCAGUGGCUUGGCCACCCCCCAAGGGGUACAACAGGGUAACAACCUCGUCUAUAGGGUGGUAAGUUCACGGCACCCUGGUAGCAGUCAUCAUUCCCACGUCAAGAAGUCAGAUAGUUCUCAACAAACUGAAAACUCUGCAUUCAAGCAACAGCAGCAUCAACAACAGCAGCAGCAACAACAACAGCAACAACAACAACAGCAACAACAGCAGCAACAACAACAAAAUAAUUCCAACAGUAUUUCCAACAGUCAACAAUGGAAAAAGUAUAUCGAGGCAGGUGCAGCCAGAGACAGAGACAAGGAGGGUGCUCCCCCAAGUCCUAGUCCCUCCAGACGAUCACAAGAAAAACAUCGCAAGCAGACAAUGGCCGAAUACGCGAAUGGAGAAAAACCUCAAAAAGUGUCAUCGGGAACUUCAACCGGAAGUAGUAAAGUAAGAGGAGUGCCGCAAAGUUUUGGUUACGUUAAAAGACACAGCGCUGGUACGAGUCCGAGUCCAAAUGGAGUUCAAAAUGGUUCAAAAGACGCGACACGCACCGCACAAGUCAGCGCAGUACCAAGGACAAAGGUCAAAGUAUCCGGUGGCACGCAAACCUGCACAACCGAAUUACAGGCGAAUUCCUCGAGUUCAAAUCAAGGUCAUCAUUACAAGAGUUACAGUCUGACUGGAGCAAGUGCCAGUCAACUGUCGCAAUCGGUUCGCGAUCGUCUAAUGCUGGGCUCGCAAAGUCUUCCGAAACCUGGAAGUCCAGAAUUCACGGCCUUCUUCGCGGCGGCCCAUCAUCGGGAGCGCGGCAGCGGCGGUGGUCCCACUUCGUCGUCGUUCUCGCCGCGUGUCCUGAAGCCAUCGGACGGCAGUCUCAGCGACACGUGCAGCACUUACGCGGCGCCCGAUCUCCAAGGCUACUAUGGAAGUCCCAGCAGUCCCUACGCCACUUCCUGGAUGAGGCACAGCAACACCUACACGCCGAGUGGUCGAUCUCAAGGAAUGGGACUCUGCGAAGCUGACAGUGUUGAAUCAUUAGGAUCUCACAGAGCAAGUUUAACACACGCCCGACUUUUGAUGCACCAAAGAGAUUCAACGGGUUCUCCAGCUCCGCCACGACUCAAUAGAAGUAAUUCCAUCAGAUCGACAAAGAGCGAGAAAAUGUAUCCUUCAAUGUUGGCUCGAGGAAGUGGCACAUCAUCGUCAGUGGGUGAGGAAGUGGGCAUUGGAAUGGGUGUCAGUGUUGAACCUUAUUACAGCGUUCCCGUUGGCACUGCUGGGUGUCCAGGUCAACACUGGUCACAGCCAACAUCCCCCACACCGGCUCAUGCUUCCCGACAACCACCAAAUCUCUAUCAACACGUUCACAAGGAUGACGAAAUUCAUGGAUCUUCAGUUUCGCUUGUAUCAACAGCAAGCAGCCUCUACAGUUCAGCUGAGGAAAAACAAGCACACGAAUUGAGAAAACUACGCCGUGAAUUGCUGGAUGCCCAGGAAAAAGUUCAUUCGCUGACAAGCCAACUCUCAACGAACGCUCAUGUCGUAUCAGCUUUUGAACAAUCUUUGUCCAACAUGACUCAAAGGCUGCAACAGCUCACGGCCACAGCUGAGAAAAAAGACACAGAAUUGCAGGAAUUGAGGGAUACAAUCGAGAGGCUUAGAAAGCAGAGUGCGGAGGCCACUUUGAAUAACAAUAUUCGAAGACACACUCUGGGCGAUUCAGAUUCUGGAACAACCGGAUGCACCGGAAACAGUAAUCAUCAAGGAUCGUCAAUCGCGAGACAAUUGUCAGCAGACAGCGUAACAUCACUAAACUCUUUGAGUAGCGCUUGUUCCAUCAGCAGUCAUCACAAGAAGAAAGGCUGGCUUCGAAGUUCCUUCUCGAAAGCUUUCUCUAGUAGAACUCGUAAACACCGACAAGGCUCCAUAUCGGACGCCGAGGAUUGCAAGGAAGGCGUCGGAGAUUUGAGUGUACCAAACAGUCCACGACUACCAAUUGCCGCCAAACACGAGAGGGUGGGUCAGGAUCAAAAUCAAACACCAAAAAGCAACGGUCAAAAAUCGCCCGAAAGUAACAAUGCGAUACCUGGAAGCAAGAGCAGUUCCGCUCUCUAUAAGCAGGAGGACGAGGACGACGAGGAUGUCGACGAGUUGAAGAAACAAUUGCGAGAGAAAGACAUGGUCCUAACAGACAUCAGACUCGAGGCCCUUUCAUCCGCUCAUCAACUGGAAUCCCUCAAGGACACAGUCAUUAAAAUGAGGAACGAGAUGCUAAAUCUGAAGCAGAACAAUGAGCGCUUGCAGCGAUUGGUGACCUCGAAAUCUUUGACAUCGUCACAAUCUUCGCUGCCCAGCGACCCGGAACGACGCUUCAGCAUGACCGAAGUUGCAUCUACCGUUGCGGCACUGUCGAACGGUGACCACGGCUCGACAUCAAAUCAAUUGGAGGACUUGAAUAUUCCCGAGCAACCGGUGGUGCCGUCAGCGACAUCGACAUCAACGGAGCCAGCGAUCGAGCAAGAUACCGAUGGCAAGCGAAUUAACGUCGCUGUUUAUCUCGGCAGUGAAAAAAGUUUCAAUUUUAAUCUCGGCAACUCGACCGAAGGCGGUGCCAGCGAUCCACCUCACUGCAUCAUUGCCAGCGUUUGCAUCUCCAAUAAAACCACCUGGGACAGUCUCGAUACCACUGUCAGAAGAUGCUUCAAGGAUUACGUCACGCGAGUCGAUCCUGUCACCAAUCUUGGACUUGGAGUCGAAUGCAUCGCCGCUUAUCAUCUCGGCGAGGCCUCAAGGUGCAUCACUGAAUCCCAACAUCCGGAACUGCUUCCCUGUGGAUACAUGGUAGGCCACGUGAAAUCAAUUUACUUGGUCCUCUCGGGAUACUCGUGGCUGGCCGUCGAUACACUGAUUCCGAGAUCGAUAGUUCAGAGGCAGGUGAAUCAUCUCAUGGAACAUCGACGAGUAAUUUUGUGCGGUCCAAGUGGCACGGGCAAGAGUUACCUGGCAGGAAAGCUUGCGCACGCUCUUGUGGACGCCGACACGGAGAAUAAGGACGCGGCUGCUGUGGCGACCUACAACGUCGAUCACAAGUCCAGCAAGGAGCUCAGACAAUAUUUAACUCACAUUGCCGAAAGAUGCGAUUCAAACGCUGCCGAUGAACUGCCUCGUGUUAUUAUUCUGGAGAAUCUCCAACACGCCGCCUCACUUAGCGAAUUAUUUAGCGGACUUCUGGGCACCCGACAUUCCACGUGUCCCGCGAUUAUUGGCACCAUGAGUCAAGCCACGUGCAGUACUACUAAUCUUCAGCUGCACCAUAAUUUCCGAUGGGUUCUGUGUGCGAAUCAUAUGGAGCCAGUGAAGGGUUUUCUGGGAAGAUAUUUACGACGGAAAUUGCUGGAACACGAAUUACGCGAAACCGGAGGAGCUAGAAAUGCAGAAAUGGCUGCCGUCGUUGAAUGGUUACCGAGAGUUUGGCUUCAUCUCAAUAAAUUCCUGGAGACCCACAGCAGCUCCGAUGUAACAAUAGGUCCACGACUCUUCCUGUCUUGUCCGAUGGAAGUAUCCGGAUCUCAAGUUUGGUUCACAGACUUGUGGAAUUAUUCUGUGAUUCCGUACCUGGUGGAGGCUGUCAGAGAAGGUCUGGCACUUUACGGACGAAGGACGAGCGGAAGCGGAAAUGGAGACUCAGUUUGGGAAGAUCCUGCGCAAUUUAUCAUUACAAGUUAUCCCUGGAUCUCGACUCACGCCGUUCAUGGCGGAAGUGACGCUCUCCUACGACUCAGGCCCGAAGAUGUCGGCUACGACGUUGUCACUUCCGGUCAUUCUUCGGGAGUCGGAGCUUCCAGUGUCAAGAGUCUCGGUAGUACUCACAGCGACACAGACGGAGAUCCUUUGUUAAACAUGCUGUUGAGACUUCAAGAGGCAGCCAAUUUUUCGAGUCCACUUAGCAACGAUAGCGAUUCGAAUUCAUUGGAUUCUUCUCACACUCGCCACUCGGAGGAUUUAAGUUCCUCGACAUCGUCUUCAAGAGGUGUCGAGUCCGCUCUUUAGAUUACGUCACUGCUCGUAAGACGACAAUAGACGUAGUGAAAAAUCUAUUUGCAAUUAUAACCUCUCGCAUUUGUUGAGUAGGGGAAAAAAUGAAAUCAUCAAUUUACAUCGAGUCGAAAAAAAUUUCUUAAAGAAAACAAAUAAGAAAGAAAAAAAACCUCGAGUAAACUAGAAGCAUGCUAGAAGACAGCGCUUUUUCAAAGCCACAAUUAUUUUUUGUACAUAAGCCAACAGAAUAUCGUGUAUUUCAAAUAUUUCAUUGAAG